GCGGGCGAGGGCGUGGGGCCGGGGCUCUCCCGGCAUGCUCUGCGGCGCGCCUCCGCCCGCGCGAUUUGAAUCCUGCGUUUGAGUCGUCUUGGCGGAGGUUGUGGUGACGCCAUCAUGGGAGCUCCGGCGCUGCCCCAGAUCUGGCAGCUGUACCUCAAGAACUACCGCAUCGCCACCUUCAAGAACUGGCCCUUCCUGGAGGACUGCGCCUGCACCCCAGAGCGAAUGGCGGAGGCUGGCUUCAUCCACUGCCCUACCGAGAACGAGCCUGAUUUGGCCCAGUGUUUUUUCUGCUUUAAGGAAUUGGAAGGCUGGGAACCCGAUGACAACCCGAUAGAGGAGCAUAGAAAGCACUCCCCUGGCUGCGCCUUCCUCACUGUCAAGAAGCAGAUGGAAGAACUAACCGUCAGUGAAUUCUUGAAACUGGACAGACAGAGAGCCAAGAACAAAAUUGUAUGUAUGAUUGAGAAUAAGGACUGAGCAAAUUCUGCCCCCAGAAGCCCUAGGGAUCUGCUCAGGAAGGGUGCUUCAAAGGUGGUUCCUGAGCAGGUCACCUUCCCACCUGAGUGGCAAGCAUUGUCAGAAGCCCUUGUCACAGGCUGAGCCCCCAGUGGUAGCACUGGUAUAGGUAGAGGCUUGGGGACAUGGCAGAGAGUAUUGGCUGAAGGGGACACUGAGCAGACAGGUCAGCUGAGCUUUGCCUCCUGUCACGUGAAGUUGAUUGGGAAGCAGGAGGCACAGGUGAGUCCACAGGGAGGUGGCUCCCAUGCAGCCAGGCAUGAAGAGUCAGGGUGGCCAGAGUCCAGAGCUCAGAGUAAACCUGGGUCCAUUUUGACUGAGAACACCCCACAUUUUGCAUUGGUUAUUCACUGCAAUUGUUCGUUUAUCUGAAGUUCAACUCUAAGCAGGCAGCCUGGGUGCUCAUCUGUUACCCUCGAACUGUUUUAGUGGGAGGAGUCGGGGAGGGGUUCACUGGCAAACACUAUACCUCAUCCUCGAAGGAUGACCCACAGCUGACCCUGGCUCAGGUAGAGGCUCCGACCUGCUGUCUUGGUUGCCACGGUUUCUCUUCAGCUGUAAGUUACGUUCCUUGGUGGAGGGCUUUGUGAAAUAACUGACUGAUGCUCAACAUAGAGGAUGAUGGUUUGCUGUCAGGAGGAGAGGGAGCUGAAGAUGGUGUUUGGUCAGCGUGCUCAGACACUCUGGGGAUGGUCAGGUGAGGUGGGUCCUGCUGCUCAAGUCCCUCUUAUAUAGCAUUCUUUUUUAUUUAUUUAUUUAUUUUUUUGAAGCAGAGUUGAGGUUCAAUAAACAUAUUUAAUACAAGCUUAGGCACAGAGUCAAAAGAACCAUCUAUCCAGACUCAGACCCCUCUCCCAAGGUUUUUUUUUAAGGCAUGAUUCUCUGUGCAGCUCUUUCUGCCCUGGAAUUCACUCUGUAGCCCAGCCUGGCCUCAAACCUCUGCCUCCUGGGUGCUGGGAUUAAAGGCAUGCUCUCCCACCACCAGGCAUCCCUUCCUGUGUUUAAGGUUGUAGCUCUGGGUCUGUGGAGAUCCUACCAUAAGGAGCACAGCCAUAUUUCAGUCUUUUUUUUUUUCUUGUCAAUUUAUUAAUUUUAAAUUAAGUUCUCUAAUCUGUGAAAGUAACUUUUAUUCUUCUGUAAUAAUUGUCUCACAGGCUUACUGCCCCUGUCUGCUAACCUAGGCCUAGUCCUGGAAGCUUCUAACCUCUAUACAAUCUAAUCUAGGUCUAGAAUGUUUUCAGCCUCUGAGACUCACUGCUGAGUAAACUCACACUUUCUAGUUCUUUCUGGGCUCUAACUGACUGGUUCAACUCAGCUGUUCUGACCCAAACUCUUCUCCAAGCUGACUGAUUCAAUCUGGCUUUUCUCUUCAGCCUUUUCUGAAUUGCUCUGUUUGGCUUCAUACUGCCGUUGGCAAUCUGUUCUAAUCCGGCUGCUUCUCAUUCUCUGGCUUGUUCUGUCCUCACCUGUCUCUCAUUUGUGCUCUUCAGUCUGUCUGCGCACAGCUGUGCUAGUAAGACGGCCUCCUCUCUUUUCUGCGCCCUGCUCCUUACUUCGCCUCCCCUCCGCUCCCUUCUCAGGAGAGCUGGGCGUGACCUAGUCUCUCAAUCUUCCUCUGAUUCGUCACUUUGUCUGCCACUCAAUUAGACAUCACUUGCAAGCAUGGGUGCUUCCUUCUACAAACUACCUUCAUUGUUUGGGAUUAAAGGUGAGUGCUAAGGGCUGAGCCACACCACAACUAGAAACAGUUUUUUUCCAAUAAACAACACAAUCUUGGGGGUCACAAUGUGAUCAAAUAUCCUACAAGACUAACCCGGGCUUGGUGCCACAGGGUACAGUCCUAGGAUACUAGGGUACAAUCCCAAAUAAUUUGGCUAUUUGGCUGGCUGAAGGAGGACUGAAAGUUAAAAGCUAUCCUGGGCUACAUGAAAAAACAUGUUUUUUUUUGUUUUGUUUUUUUUUUUUGUUUUUUUGUUUUUGGUUUUUUGAGAUAGGGUUUCUCUGUAUAGCCCUGGCUGUCCUGGAACUCACUUUGUAGACCAGGCUGGCCUGGAACUCAGAGAUCCACCUGCCUCUGCCUCCCGAGUGCUGGGAUUAAAGGCGUGAGCCACCACGCCCGGCUUGAAAAAACAUGUUUAUAUAUAUAUAUGUAUAUAUAUAAAAAAUCAAGGAAGGAAAAUUCCAGUUUGUAGCUCAGUAAGUAUUUGCUUAUUACUAUUGAGGCCCUAGGUUCAAUUCCCAGCAAUACAAAAAUAAUAACUUUCCUUUUAAUGAUUUAUCUUGCCACGAUGGUGAUGAAACUAGCAUCUCACCCUGGACAGGCAAGCCUGGCCCUCUGGGCCACACCCCAGCCCCUUCGUGUCUGUUCAUCAUUCCAGGCAAAGGAGACCAACAACAAGCAAAAAGAGUUUGAAGAGACUGCAAAGACUACCCGUCAGUCAAUUGAGCAGCUGGCUGCCUAAUGCUGAGCCUUUGCUGAGAUAACUUGGACCUGAGUGACAUGCCACAUCUAAGCCACGCAUCCCAGCUUUUCCAGCCAGGGCCUCCUAGCAGGAUCUUAGAGAAGGAGACAGUGGUAUUUUGAAACUGGAUAUCAAAUAUUUUUGGUUUUGCUUUAAAGUGGCUACCUCUCUUUGGUUUUGUGGCUUUGCUCUAUUGUGACGUGGACUUAAGCAAUAAGGAAGUGAUGAAGGGACAGUGUUCUCUGACAGGACCUGUGGGGGUCGGGGUGCCUGUGCAAGGUCUUGGUUCUGAUUGUGAUAUUUCCAUACAGGGCUGCUAAUGCAGCCCAUGGGUAAGUGUGGUUAUAUGUGUUUGUGCUGAUAAUUUUGUCCUGAUGAGUUUUCCUACCACGGGGUAACGGAAUAAAAUCACUUGAAAAAGUGGACUGUAAGCUC